AUGGCAUCUUCCCUCUCCCAACUCUCCGCGUGUGUCACGCGUAUUCUUGCCUUAACAGGCUUUCCGAAGGAGCUGAAGACAAGGGACAUUCAGGCGGCUUUUGCUGAAUGGGAAACCGUAAAUGGGGGCUUCAAGAUUAAGUGGAUCGAUGACACUAGCCUCCUGAUUGUUUUCAACGAUGCCACCGUCGCUAAACGCGCUUAUCUGCACGCUCUUGCCUUCACUCCCGCAAUAUUCUCCUCUCCCAAUUCCACUCAGACAGCCGUUAUUAAACCGUACGAUGGACCGGAUGCACAGGCAGUCAUUCAAAAUGUGAACUCGCGACAACACAAUGGCAACGCCCGUGGUCAUAACGUACGCAACUCAGUCUCGCAUGCACGAGGUGCCUCUGUGAGCACCAUGCCUCGCAACACUUCCGUCAGUCUCAACAUCAGCGGCGUCGACCGCACGGCGUCUGUUUCGCCGCGGGAUCGCGAGCCGUCGCCAACCCUGCCUAACAUCCCGUCACAUCCGACUCUUAACUCCCUCAUUUCAUCUUCCUUGGGUAGCGAUGUCACCGCUAUCGAUCCAACCGCAAUGGACCCGGCCAUCAUUGCCGCAUUACCCGAACAUGGCGCCCCACGUAUUGGAGAUCCAGGCAAGAGAAUGCUCGGAGCAGCGCUGGGCGUCAGACAUCCUGGCCUCGGUCCCCGUAUGGUGAGCGGCUCUGGCAAUGGCAUGGCGGAGAUGCAGAGGGCCAUGGGUGGUCUGGUCGUUGCUGAGUGA